AUGGCAAUAGCCACAAUUUCAGGUUUAGUAUUUAAAAAAUAAAACAUGUGUAUAUCUUAGGGUUAAAAAUACGCACAUCCGUUCAUGUAAUCAAUGACAAUGUAUAUAGGAGAAGCUUUAAGUUUACUAUUUUAUUUCAUAUAUAUAAAAGUAUUUAGAUAAAAAUAUGAAAAAGGAAAAGAAGAAGCUAUAAGAAAAGGUUUAAAAACAAAAAUAAACUUCUUUUUACUUUUGAUACCAACUGCUUGUGAUUUUAUUACUUCUACUUUAGCUUUUUUUGCUUUAGAAUUUAUGCCACUCUCAAUUUAUUCUAUGGUAAGAGGCGGUGGAAUAAUAAUAACUGCUUUGUUUUAAGUUUAAUUUUUAAAAAAAAAGCUUUAUAGACAUCAUUUAUUAGGUUUAUCAUUUAUUAUUAUAGGCUUAGUAAUUGUCGGUUUAACUGUUUUAAUAUUCUAGAAUAAUUCAUCAUAAGAUAAUAAUAAAUUAAUAUUAGGUUUAAUACUUUUAAUAUGUUCGUUUUUUACUUUUUCAACAUAAAUUACUUUAGAAGAAAAGCUUUUCGGUGAUUAUCAUUUAAACGCAUUUUAAACUGUAGGUAUUGAAGGUUUAUGGGGAAUUUUUAUAUGUGGAUUGACUGUAAUAGGUGUAAGCUUUAUAAAAUGUCCAAGUUCAAUUGCUUCAGAUUGUCCUAAUGGUUAUUUGGAAGAUGUUCCUUUUUUCAUUAAACAAGUUUUUAUAAUGGAAGGAAAAGAUUAGCCGUGGCUUUUGGUAACUGUUAUAUUGGGAGUUUUUACAAUUUUAUUCUUUAAUGUAGCUUCUUUAGCUGUAACUAAAUAUGUUAAUAGCUUAUCAAGAAAUGUGGGGAUUGUAACUUAUCCAUUUAUUAUUUGGAUAACUUCUAUAGCAAUAGGAUGGGAAAAAUUCCUUGCAGGGCAGCUUGUAGGAUAUAUUGUAGUAAGUUUUGGAACUUUGAUUUAUAAUGAAAUAAUAAUUUUGAAAUUUUGGGGAUUAAAUAUAUUUACAAAGAGUGAAAUUGCUAAAAAAGAAGGAAAUGAAAAACUUGUUGGUGAUAUUCCGAGUGCAUUUAGUGAAAACAUUUUGCUAGAAUGA